CCCCUCCCCCGCUGGUUGUGCCCCUCCCCCCGUGGUUGCGCUGCGCGCUGGCUCCGGAAAUGGUCGUGCUGCGCUGCGCUGCGGCUGCGUCGGGCCGCGCGCGCUGAAGGAGACUGAAGUCAGUCGGAUGAAAGGUCUCUGCAGGCCCGAUCAGUCGGCCCAGGUUUUUCCCGCGGGGGGAUAGCAAGGGGAUCCUUAUGCACAACCACAUGAAAUGAACAAAGCUCCACAGCCCACAGGAGGAGCCCCGACAGCCCCGCACCCUGCCCCUUCUCCCGGACUUCCACAGUCAGCGUUCCCACCUGGUCAGACGGCACCUGUGAUUUUUAACCCGACACCGACCUCACAAAUGAAUACGCCUUCUCAGCCACGACAGUUUCCAGCAGGGCCUCGUGCUAUUCACCAGCAGGGAGGAUUCAGGUCUCUCCAGCAUUUCUACCAGAACAGGGCCCAGCCUCCUGCCAGCGCGUCCCGCGUGCAGAGCAACACAACGGCCCGGCCUGGCCCUCCUGCCCAUGUGUAUCCAGCUGCUUCCCAGGUGAUGAUGAUACCCUCCCAGAUAUCCUACACACCUUCCCAAGGAGCCUAUUACAUUCCCGGACAGGGUCGUUCAACGUACGUUGUCCCAACACAACAGUACCCAGUUCAGCCUGGUGCCCCUAGUUUUUACCCUGGAGCCAGCCCCACAGAGUUUGGGACUUACGCGGGUGCUUAUUACCCGGCCCAGGGGGUGCAGCAGUUCCCAGCGGGGGUCCCCACUGCCCAGGUCAUUGUGAGCCAGCAGCCGUCGAUCCCCCCAAAACGAGAACGCAAGACGAUUCGGAUACGAGACCCCAACCAAGGUGGCAAAGACAUCACUGAAGAAAUAAUGUCCGGAGCAAGGACCUCAUCUACCCCCACCCCUCCCCAGGCUGGAAGCAGUUUGGAACCCCAGGCUAAUGGAGAAACCCCUCAUGUAGCAGUCAUUGUCCGGCCAGAUGACCGCCCAAAGCCUGCGCUGGUGGUGAGCAAGCCUGUCUCCCUGGAGCCCAGCAAGUCAGCGUCCCCGUCGCCUCCCCCUCCCCUCAUCCCCGAGGUGGAGCCUGUGGUGAUGUCAACUGUGACGCUGGUGCCAAUGGAGCCCCCCGUGGAAGCGGACACUAAAGUGGAGCUGGGCGAGGCGCCGCCCGACCUGCACCAGACGUUUAGCGCUAUCACUACAGUGCCAGGGGCUGGGGAGUUGCCCCUCGUACCCCCACCUGACAUGGACACGGUGGCUGUGGUGGAGGAGGAGGUAGCAGAGGAGGAGGAAGAGGUUGCCGUUCCUCUCCUGGAGCCCACCUUGCAGGCGCCCGCCUUGCCCGAGGUGCCAUCGGUGCCUGUUGCCCCCCUCAUGCCAGCUGUGCCCCCAGUGCCAGCUGUGCCGUCACCACCGCUCGUUGUCCCACUGGUCCCUGAAGCACCUGCCAAACCCGCCUCUCCCAGCCCACCGCCGCCCCAGGAAGAGCCCUGCCCUGAGCCUGUUGCUGAGCCUGCUGCUGAGGCCAAUGGGGUUUUAGAGGAGGUGCCCGAGCCUCAACCUGAGGCACCUGUGUGCCAGCCGGUGCCCGUACCCGUCUCGGAGCCUGUCCCGGUGCUCACCUCAGCGCCCACCCUGGACUCCCCCAUUGCGCAGCCUGAAGAACUGCCCUUGCCCAACGGGAUGGAGGGCUCCAGCAAAGUGGAGCCGAGUGAGGAGCAGCCUGAGUCGGACGUCAGCCCAAUCUCAGAGCCGGAGGAGCCAGCGCAGCCUGGCACACCCACCUCACCCCCAGCAGAGGAGGAAGAGGAAGAGAGCGAAGGCCCUGCUGAGGCCCAGGAGCGGAGCUCAAGUCCAGCCCCUGCCCCAUCACAGACCUUGGAGGCGACUGUGCAAGUUGCUGUGUCGGUGCCAAAGAAGAAGCGAAGGUUGAAGGAGCUGAACAAGAAGGAGGCAGUAGGCGAUUUGCUGGAUGCCUUUAAAGAGUCUCAGAUCAGCGACAGUGCCUCAGAGGUGGAAAACAAGCCUCCCCCUUCUGCCCCUGCCCGUGAAACAGAAGAAGCAGCCCCCACCCGUCCCCAGGAGGAGUCGGAGGAGACGUGGGAGGAGAAGGAGGACAAACUGGCCCCAGAGAAGGGCAAGGCUGGGGACCAGAAGUACCGCUACAAGGAAGAACAGUGGAAGCCAUUGAAUCCUGAGGAGAAAAAGCGGUAUGACCGGGAGUUCCUGCUGGGCUUCCAGUUCAUCUUUGCCAGCAUGCAGAAACCUGAGGGGCUGCCCCAGAUCACAGAUGUGGUGCUGGACAAGCCCUGUGUACCUUCGCAGGCCAACAAGACCCCAUUGCGGGCACUCGACCCUAUCCGCCUCAGCGGCAUGAACUGCAGCCCUGACUUCACCCCUUCCUUUGCCAACCUUGGACGGCCUGUCAUGGGCAACAGGGGUCUGCCCUCAGGGUUGGGUCCUCGCCGCUCACAGCAGACUCAGAGGAAGGAACCCCGCAAAAUCAUUGCCACUGUGUCCCUCAAUGAGGAUGUCAAGCUGAACAAGGCUGAGAAGGCCUGGAAACCCAGCAGCAAGCGUGCCUCUGAGGAGGAGGAUCCUGAGAACAUCAAGACACAGGAACUACUUCGCCGCGUCCGCAGCAUCCUUAACAAGCUGACGCCCCAAAUGUUCCAGCAAUUGAUGAAGCAGGUGAUGGAGUUGUCCAUCGACACGGAGGAAAGACUCAAGGGUGUCAUUGACCUUGUCUUCGAGAAAGCCAUCUCGGAGCCAAACUUCUCUGUUGCCUACGCUAACAUGUGCCGUUGCCUUAUGGGGCUCAAAGUGCCCACGACAGACAAGCCCACAGUGACUGUGAACUUCCGCAAGCUGCUGCUCAACCGCUGCCAGAAGGAGUUUGAGAAGGACAAGGAUGACGACGAGAUCUUCGAGAAGCGUCAGAAAGAAAUGGAUGAUGCCAGUGCUCCCGAGGAGAAGGCACGUAUGAAGGAUGAGCUGGAGGAGGCGCGGGACAAGGCCCGACGGAGGUCUCUGGGUAACAUCAAGUUCAUUGGAGAGCUUUUCAAACUGAAGAUGCUGACAGAGGCCAUCAUGCAUGACUGCGUGGUGAAGCUACUCAAAAACCACGAUGAGGAGUCUCUUGAGUGCCUUUGUCGCCUGCUUACAACCAUUGGCAAGGACUUAGACUUUGAGAAGGCCAAGCCCAGAAUGGACCAGUACUUCAACCAGAUGGAGAAAAUCAUCAAGGAGAAGAAGACAUCAUCCCGAAUCCGUUUUAUGCUGCAGGAUGUGAUUGAUCUCAGGCGGAAUAGCUGGGUGCCACGGCGAGGAGAUCAGGGCCCCAAAACCAUCGACCAGAUCCACAAAGAGGCAGAGAUGGAGGAGCAUCGGGAACACAUCAAAGUGCAGCAGCUCAUGUCAAAAGACAAAAGGAGAGGACCUCCUGGACCAUCCAUCAGUGGUGGACGCAGCAGCCUGGUUGCAGAUGAUGGCUGGAACACUGUGCCCAUCAGCAAGGGCAACCGGCCUAUCGACACUAGCCGGCUAACGAAAAUCACCAAGCCUGGAUUGAUCGACUCCAACAACCAGCUCUUUGCGCCAGGCGGGCGUCUGAGCUGGGGCAAAGGCAGUAGUGGAGGGUCUGGUGCAAAGCCUGCAGAUUCAGCAUCUGAUUCAGGGCGACCGGCCACAAGCACCUUGAAUCGCUUCUCAGCACUCCAACAGUCCACCCCUGCCGAGAGUUCAGAGUCCCGUCGCGUGGUGCAGAGGAGCAGUUCCAGCCGCGACAGGUCAGAAAAGGCUGGAGACAGAGGGGACCGGGAGUCACGUUCAGAGAAGAGCAGCGACCGUCUGGAGCGUCCCGAUCGGGGUGAGCGGGGAGAGAGGAACAGGUCUGCUGUCACCAAGAGGAGCUUCAGCAAAGAGACAGAGGACAGGAGUAGAGAACGGGAAAAGCAGAGUGGCCCUGAGGCUGUGCGCAAAACUGCUAGUAUGUCAGAGGAACGGGACAGGAGCCGAGAGACAAUUAAACAAGAGCCAGCACCUCCUGCGGCAUCGCCCAAACCCAUGCUGUCAGAGGAGGAGCUGGAGAAGAAAUCUAAGGCGAUCAUAGAGGAAUAUCUGCACAUCAAUGAUAUGAAGGAGGCCCUGCAGUGUGUGCAGGAGCUGGGCAGCCCCUCCUUGCUCUACGUCUUCGUGCGGAAUGGCAUUGAGUCCACGCUUGAGCGGAGCACGAUCUCCCGCGAGCACAUGGGGAUCCUGCUGUGCCACCUGGUGAAGGCUGGCACGCUCUCCAAGGAGCAGUACUAUAAAGGGCUGCGGGAGAUCCUGGAGAUUGCGGAAGACAUGGAGAUUGAUAUCCCGCACAUCUGGCUGUAUCUCGCCGAGCUCAUAACACCUAUCCUGCAAGAGGAAGGCAUCCCAAUGGAGGAGCUGUUCAGGGAGAUAACAAAGCCCCUGGUGCCCCUUGGGAAGGCCACCACACUGCUGGUCGAGGUGCUGGGCUUAUUGUGCAAGGGCAUGAGCCAGAAGACUGCGGGCAAGCUGUGGCGAGAUGGGGGCCUGAGCUGGAAGGAAUUCCUGCCUGAGGACCAGGAUGUCAACAAAUUCGUCACAGAACAGAAAUUGGAGUACACGAUGGGAGACAACUCGGACACGCCAAGCUGCAAGGAGCUGACCUCGGAGGAGCUGUGCAAGCAAAUGGACAAACUGCUGAAGGAGAACUCGAACAACCAAAGAAUAUAUGACUGGAUUGAGGCCAACCUAAGUGAGCAGCAGGUCUCGUCCAACACAUUUAUCAGGGCCCUGAUGACAUCUGUGUGCCAUUCAGCCAUCAUCUUUGAGAACCCGUACCGUGUGGAUGCCCUGGUGAUCCGCAACCGGGCCAAGCUGCUGCAGAAGUACAUGCGGGAUGAGCAGAAGGAGCUUCAGGCACUCUACGCCUUGCAGGCUUUGGUGGUGAAGUUGGACCAGCCUCCAAACCUGCUUCGGAUGUUCUUCGAUGCUCUCUAUGAUGAGGACGUCAUCAAGGAGGAGGCUUUCUACAAGUGGGAGUCCAGCAAGGACCCAGCCGAGCAGCAGGGCAAAGGGGUGGCCCUGAAAUCAGUGACAGCAUUUUUCACCUGGCUCCGGGAAGCAGAGGACGAGUCAGACAACAACUGAAUGAACAGCUGUGAGGAGGAGGAGGAGGAGGAAGGGGGGAGAGCGCAUGGGGCACCCUGGGGUGUGACUCCAUCCCCUCCCAGCCCUGGCCCCCUGGACUUGCUCAUGCCGGGGCCGAGGGACCUGUUGUGCCCCCAGCAGCAUCGCCCUCACUUUUUAUUUCUCCUCUCCCUCCUCCCCCCCGCCCCAUUUCUGUUGGCCAGGCCUGUACUAGUUUGUCACGAUAAUAAAUGGAUGCUGAUGGAGGCGGCUGUCGCUGUGGGUCUGCUCCAGGCCCCUUCUGUCCCCCCCUCCCAGCACAGCACCCUGUGUCACCGGGAGCGGGGUCUGAGCCCACCAGGCUUCUGUCAUGGGGAGGGGGUCGAGAUGGGGAGGAUGGUCUCCCUUCCUCUCCCCUCUCCUCUUCCUUCUCCCGCCUCCUUGCUGAAAUAUAGAGAGAUUAUAUAUAUAUAAACUUAUUAAAUUUGGGUUGAGGACAGGAGUGUGAUUUCUCCCCCUCCCCUGUCCUCUCUCUAUUCCCCUCUCACUGCCUGGACUCCUCCCUAAGGUUUUUUAUUUUAAAUAUAAAUCAUUCCCCCCAGCUCCUGCUACGACACCUGGGGAGGGUGCCUGGGGGGCAGGGGGGGGCGGUAAUGUGUGACCCUUUCUUUCUGGGCCAGGCCGAGUCCCCGUCUUCCCCUCAUCCUCCCCAUCCUCCCCACCCCAAACGUUUAAGGCCACAAUUGGGCAAAGUGACGGGGCGGCCCCGCAUCCGCGUCCCCUGUAUUUAUAGAGCACCGGAUGUGACGAGCCGCACGUGUAAUUAUUAAAACAAGGAUUCAAUAACUGGU